UCUAGUCCGAAGAAAAAUAAAAAGAAUAAAAUAAAUUAGAAUUAUUUUGUGUAAACUAAGGCGAGAGAAUGUGUAGAUACCAGUGACGCCAAAUUACGGUGGUGGUGUCAAUAGAGAUAUACGUAUACGGUAGUCAGUCAGUAGAGGUGAAGCAAGAAAGACUUCGAGAUUUACUCGUAUCAAAGUGGUGUCCAACGAACAACAAGGUGUUAGAAAUUCUAAUCUAGCAUUAAAACACCAUCAACUAAUCAGGUAAGGUGAUAUCCGAGAUCAUGGAUAAGAAGCAAGUGGUCAUCGUCGGAGCCGGAAUCAGCGGCCUGCUCGCCUGCAAAUACUGUCUCUCCAAAGGAUUGAACCCGACUGUGUUCGAUUUAGAAUCCGGCAUUGGUGGUGUAUGGGCUAAAACCAUCAAAACCACAAGGCUCCAAGCACCUAAAGAUUUGUACCAGUUUUCUGACUUCCCAUGGCCGGAUUCCGUUGUCGACGUUUUCCCUACCCACCAACAGAUGCUAGAAUACUUCCACUCAUACGCCACACGCUUUGAUCUCAUGCCCCACAUCAAACUCCAAUCGCGUGUGAACAGCAUCAGCUACGACGGACCAUCAUCGCAGGCAUGGUCUCUCUGGAAUGGCAUCGGCGAAAUGUCUUCAACUAAAGGCAAGUGGAAUGUCAGUGUCACGGACACUAGAACUGCCACCACCCGGGUCUACAUUGCCGACUUUGUUAUUCUUUGUUUGGGACGGUUCAAAGAUGUACCAAACAUGCCUAAAUUCCCUGUCGGAAAAGGCCCAGAAAUAUUCCGAGGGGAAGCCAUACACUCCAUGGAAUACGCAGCCAUGGAUGACGACAAAGCUGAAGCGUUCGUGAAAGGGAAGAAGGUUGUCAUCGUGGGGUUCGGGAAAACAGGACUCGACAUUGCAAGGGAGUGCGCAUCCAUCAACGGUCCGGAACAUCCAUGCACGAUAGUUUACCGGCGUGAUCAUUGGAAAUUACCGGACUGGGCUCCAUGGGGCAUCCCAUUGACGUAUUUAUACUUCAAUCGCUUCUCAGAGCUUUUAGUUCAUAAACCAGGAGAGGGUUUUGUGCUUAAUCUGCUGGCUACAUUACUUUCACCUCUACGUUGGGGAGUCUCAAAGUUUGUGGAAAGCUACAUAAAAAGCAAGCUUCCUCUCGCCAAGUUUGACAUGGUGCCACAACAUAGCUUCGAAAAAGACACCCGCUCGUGUUUGAUUCUAUACAUGCCAGAACCCGACAACUUCUUUGAUGCAGUUGAAGAAAAAAGCAUCCAGUUGAAGAAAUCCCAAAGUUUUAGCUUCUAUGAAAAGGGGAUUUUUAUCGACGAGGACAACACACAAAUAGAAGCAGAAAUCGUUAUUUUUGCUACAGGAUUCAGAGGUGUCGAAAAGCUCAAAGAUAUAUUUGAAUCAUCAACAUUUGGUGACUUCAUCUCAGGAUCACCGCGAGUCCCCCUUUACAGGGAAUGCAUUCAUCCACAAAUACCACAAUUAGCAGUAAUUGGAUUCUCUGAAAGUCUUUCCAAUAUGUAUAUUUCGGAAAUGAGGGCCAAAUGGGUGGUAUCACUACUUGAAGGCGCGUUUAAGCUACCGAGUGUUAACGAGAUGGAGAAAGAUGUUGCAAGAUGGGAUGAAUACAUGAAACAAUCAAUUGAGGAAUAUCAUUAUCGGUCGUCGGUUGGUGCUUUAGAAAUUUGGUAUAAUGAUCAAUUGUGCAAAGACAUGGGAAUGAGCCGACUCAGAAAAAAGGGACCCUUCGCUAACCUUUUUGAACCGCAUGGCCCCUUGGACUAUGUAAGCCCCUAAAUCAUCAACCCAUUUUCUAUAACUACUAUCUAAUCUAUCAAAAUCCAAAUAAGUUUUUCAAACAUCAGUAUGGAUUUUGGUAAAAUUAAGUGAUUCUAGAUCCCGUUCUCGUUUAGUAUUUAUGUUGAUGUUUUGAAUUGUCUUAUUAUGUAAUAUGUAAUGUAAUUUACCUUUACUUAUCACAAUAAAGCUUUACCAGUAGUAAAU